GUUGCGCACCGUUCGUCCGUUCGACUCGUUUUACAUCGUCGCGUUCGCCUUGAAAUCGUCCGACGUUUCGAGUGUUUCGAGUGUUCUUCCGUGGCGGACCUCGCGCGUCGCCAAAUGUAGCCGACGGAACGAACAAAUCCGAUGCCACCUCGAACGAGGUCGAUUCUCUCGAGGGACCAUUUCGGAUCGAGAAUUUCCAGUUUUGUCUCGAGACGUUACUUCGACCUCAAACGAUCUCGAUGAAUUUUCGGGGACCGGCGAAGAAGCGUUCGACGACGCGUGCCUGGAGGUCCACGAGACGGCCGGCCAUGCCACGUACAUUUUGACAACUUGCGGUCCAUCGUUCUCCUCGCAACAGGCGCCAAUCAUCUACAACUACUAUCGAUCAAGAAAGUAGUUCGAUGUCCCGGGUGGACUGGACGGACGAUGACAGGAUGCCGUGUUUGGGGUGCAGUUCUGCUUAUCUUGAACGUUACGUGUUCGAUGGCGAACGCGAGCGUGGCGGGAGAACGUACUUCGACGAAGGACGAGAGAAAAGGGUCCGUCGAUACGGAAAAUUUUCUGUAUUCCUGGACGGGGCCGAAUGCUCUUACAAGAUCGGCUUUGGUGGAGCGACAGGAGAGGCUGCAGUACAAUUGCGAGGAGAUUCUCGGCGACGGCGAGUCCGUGAACGAAGUCUCUGACCCGGAAUCGUUUAGAAACGUCCUCGUUGACGAACAGCACGAGUUACUCUACUGCUACGUUCCUAAGGUUGCCUGUACGAACUGGAAACGAGUCUUGAUGGUGGCCACGGGCAAGUGGCCAGGCAGCGAUCCAUUGGAGAUACCAGCCAAUCAAGCACACUCGCCGGGUACUUUUAAAAGGUUGAGCAAUUAUACGCUGCCCGAGAUCGAACGAAUGCUGGCGACUUACGACAAGCUGAUAGUCGUCAGACACCCGUUGGAACGACUCUUGUCGGCCUAUAGGAAUAAGCUGGAAGCGAAACACGAGAAGAGCUCCAAGUAUUUUCAGACGCGUUUCGGGAAGAAGAUUAUCAAGAGGUGCAGACGGAACGCGACCGAGGAGUCCUUGAAGAGAGGCGAUGACGUGACGUUUAGGGAGUUCGUCGAGUUCAUCACGGACGAUUCGUCCAACGAAACACGAAACGAGCACUGGAACCCGAUAUACGAGUUGUGCCAGCCCUGCCUAGUUAAUUACAAUCUUGUUAGCAAAUACGAAAGUUUGGUGGAGGACGCGACAGAGGUUUUGGAACGGAUGGGCGUCGAGUCGGUCAACUUUCCGGCUAAGCCCUCCAACAGCGAGCCGACUGCGAAAAAACUAGAGAAAUAUUAUUCUACUUUAACGUAUAAGCAGCUCCGGAAGUUGGCGAAUUUGUACAAACACGAUUUAAGGCUGUUCGACUACUCGCUAGAGGACGUGCUUGGAUUUUCCUUGGCGUGAUUCGUUUGACUAUAGGAUACCUGAAAGGAAUACGCUUCGAAAUGCAAAUAAACGCGACUAACGGUUAUACGGAAACGUUGUGUAUAAAAAGUAGAUAUAGGUUUUAGUUUCAGGUUUAAUUUACGUGGAAGAGGUUUCGAUCGUUGUGCUUCACAGGCGAGGAAUGGACUAUGCUCGUACUUUUAAUGGGGGGCUGUUUAUGGAUAACCAAGCCAUUAGGAAAGUCUAGGAUGAAGUACUAAUCGAUCGAUUAAUUCGGAGUAUUCUUGAGACAGUUCGUAGUUCAAUAGAUAUCGUGAUUCGUGAACGAAUGUUCGCUUUCUCUCGCUGGUGAAUUUAUUUUUAAAACGCGGGCAAACUUUGUGGCAAAAAUGUGAACGUAUAAAAACAAGCAGAUGGCCUGUUUCGUUCGGACAAGUGAAAGAAUGGUGCCGGAAUGAGCACGAGUUGAGAGUUAGCCUAAGAUCCUUGGGUGCUUUCCCACGUUAGUCAUACUUCGUUAUCACAUGCCAUAUUUACAUAUGUACCUACGUAACGACAUGUACAAAAGUUUCAUUUAUCAUAGUUCGUACCGUGAGGUAACCCUCGAGUGUCUUUUUCGAUUAUACAAUCGUACGAUUCUGUCGUAAAUGGAAUAAAGAACUAUUUUUCAUGAA